AUGGAUGAGGCUCUGUUUUUCGCAAGCGCAAUUCCUCGCUCAGAGCCUCAAGAGGUCAUCGACGCAGCGGCCCUCUCGUUUGGGCCGCCCCCAUCUGGCCACUUGGCCGAGACACGGUCACAGCAUCGAACGAGUCCGGCAACCAGCAUAAGGCCGAGCCACCAUUUGGCACUGCCCACCCCAAUCUUUGCUUUGAGAAUCGUCCAGCUAGUCACCGCUGUCGCCAUCCUCGGUCUAGCUGCCUAUGGCAUUACAUUCAUUGCAUUCGAUGGGAUCGCCCUUACGCUUUUCACGGCCAUCGCCACUAUGAUCAUCACAGUCUACGUUAUUGUCUCCAGCACUGGCCUCCCCGCCGCCUACAACUACUGGGCUAUCAUUGGCCUGGAUAUCUUUGCCAUUAUCUUCUGGAUCAUCUCCUUUUCUGUAACUGCCGCGCAAAUCUCCGCCUACACAUGGUAUUACUCCUCGAGUUAUUCGUGCACCUACUACUAUGGAUACUGCGUCAAGAAGCGGGAGCUUGCAACCCGUGCCACGACUGAUGUUUAUACUUACCGAAAUGCGAUGGCCGCGGCUGCUGGUCUAGGAGGGCUGGAAUUCAUUCUUUUCAUCAUCACCCUCGUCUUCACCGCCGUCUAUCUUAACAAACACCGCAAGGCUGGUGGUCACUGCGUGCCUGCUCGCGCUGGCCAAACUGCCCCUGCCCCCGGUGCUGCUCCAGCUCCAGCUGCAACUGGCCCCCCACCUGCUGUUUACACGGAGGCAAAGCCGCCAGCAGUUGUCGAAUAUCAACAAUAUCCCCCACAACAGCAAUAUCCCCCACAGCAGCCUCAACAACCUCAGCAACCGGUUUAUCAACAGCCCCAGCAGCCACAACCACCAUACACCCCACCACCCCAACAACAGGCCUACCAAGCCCCUCCACCACAGACCCAUCAGCUUCCAGUGUAA